AUGGUCAAGAUCGCCAUUCUCCCUCUCACUGUUCUUGCUGCACUGGCUCCCUUUGCGGCCGCAGACAACUGCAAGACUGGGUUGAACUACUGUGGCUAUAACCUCUUGAACAUUGGCAACUACGGCGCCCAGGUCAAUGGCGCCCUCGAGUCUGCCGGCCAGCCCACCGACGACGGGCAUAUCCGGGAAUCCCUCUUCCACUGCAAUGGUGGCAAGAACGGCGAUAUCUCCUUCAUCACCUACUGCGGCGGUGGCUGCACUGAUGGUGGCUCUGGCCGCAGCGACUACUGCUGA